AUGACCUCUUCCCUCCCCAUCAUCUCCCUCACCUCUCCCACUCUCCCCAGGGACCUUCUGCAAGGGCUCUGUCCUUCAGGUCCUUCCGAAGGACCCACCGGCUUUUUCUACCUCGUUGAUCACCAGGUCCCUCCGGCUGAGCUUCACGGAGCCUUUGAGGCUUCGCGGUGCUUCUUUGAAGAAGAAUCAGAAGAGGAGAAGAGGAAGACGAUUGAUAGGACGGGUCAUACGGGGUGGACUGGAGUGGGAGAGGAGUCACUUGAUCCGACAAAAAAGGUGGCAGAAGCCGACGUGAAAGAAUCCUUCUACGUCUCCCUCUCCGUCCUUUCCACUCCGCCAUCGAGGGAGUGUUCACCGCAGACACUCCCUCCCACUCUCCUCGCCAAAAGAGAGAACCACAUCGCCCUCACCGGUCUGCUCCAGCACUGCCGCCGGGUCUGUGAAGCCUUGCUAGAUGGGUUCGAGAAAGCACUGCAGCUCGAAGAGGGCCUCUUCAAAGAGAGACAUCGCGGCGGAGAGGAUGACAGGAUGAGGCUCAUCCGCUACCCCGCUCAGCACCCAAGUACACCCGCUACAAACGGGCAGGGGGAGCAGCAGAUUCGCAGCGGGAUUCGAGCUGGAGCCCACUCCGACUAUGGUUCUCUCACGCUACUCGCACAGUCCGAUAUUGGAGGACUACAGGUGCGCGAUCAGACUUCAAUGGGGACAGAAGAGAAGUGGCUCGAUGUACCGCCGCGAGAGGGAGCACUGGUGGUUAAUAUUGGCGACUGCCUCGAGUUCUGGUCGAGGGGACUUCUGCCUUCGACUGUGCAUCGUGUUGUGGAACCGCGGGUUGAUGCGGAGAGGGACGCGAGGUACUCGAUAGCCUACUUUCACCAUCCCUCGCCCAACUCUUCCCUCUCUCCCCUUUCACCAUCGUUGCUACCUCCAGAGCUAGUGAAGCGUUUCCCGCCACUGGAAGAGUGGAGAGAGAAGUGUCUGCGAAAAGGUAUACCCGAGGAAGCGUUACCGAAGGAAGACGGCUCGGAGAUCCAGGCAAUGACGGGUGGAGAGUACCUCAAGAAACGGCUCAAGGGAAGUGGGCUAUGA